CACAGAACAACCGAUGGAGAGAGAUGUCGCCGAUUUGCUGCGACGAGAAGAACCUCCGAAGGAGAGAGAUGUCGCCGAUUUUCUUCGACGCGGAGACGCACCGCUAGAGCCGUCGCCGUUUUCUCGAGCAGAGACACCGAGAUGAAGAGAUUCGCCAUUGAAUCGCCUUUCGCGAGGAGAGAAUACAAACAUAAAAGAGAAAGGAGAAAAUGAAAACACGGGUCUCGUGACCCCGAAACCGUGCGUGCUUUCGCGAGGUUAAUUAAAGGAUGCCCCUUCCUUAAAUCUCUUUUUUUCUUUAUUUUUAAUCUCCCUUUAAGCUAACAAACCCACUUAAGCUACCCCAAUAAACCUGCUCUUAGGUACCUUCCUUAAUUACUUCUCUCUUCCUACACUCUUUCUCUCCUUUUAUCUCUACACUCCCAAAUUUAAUUGCACAUUUUUUAGUAAACGCCUCCUUGUUUGCUCAUAAUAGACUCAUUUUCUUUUUAACUUCACUUUCUCAAACACCACUACUCCCUCUCCUUUUUUGAGAGAACCCAAAUCAUAGGAAACCAAAACACACUUAUAAAUCAUUUUGAUUAAUCUUAUAUUUGUUUCCAUUUUUAUCUCUGAUUUUGUAAACCCAUCAAGUUUUUUUCAUGACACUAUACUGGGGGAGUCGUAACUGAUCUCUGCUUCUUCAUAAGUUGGGUGUUCAGAAAGUUUAGUAAUCAUGGGAUCCCAGAGACCAUCAUCAUCAUCAUCAUCAUCAUCAAUACCAUCAUCAGAAAAAUCGAGAGCUAAAUUCAUUCUCUUUUAUAUAUUCCUACUCUGCGUUGUCCUCUAUGUGUUGACCACUUCCAUACCCCCUUCCUCACUUUCUUCUCCAUAUUUUAGGAACUCUAAUUCUGGGAAACUAGGGCACUUCUAUGCACAGGAGGAGGAAGGCAAGAGUACACUUGUGAUAAAGAAGAUGAGGAGGAUCGGUGACUGGAGCAAAGAGGCGGAGCUACGGAGGAUUUUAAGGGGAUUGGGGUCAUCUCCGCCACGGUGCACCUCCAAGUGUGAAGGAUGCACGCCGUGCAAGCCUGUGCACGUCCCGGUGCCUUCGGGCACUCCUGUCACCGCUGAGUACUACCCUGAAGCUUGGAGAUGCAAGUGCGGCAACAAGUUGUACAUGCCAUGAUCUUUUAUAUACGAUAUAUAUACUCACAUAAUAUACGUUAUAUAUAUAUGAUUUAUAUGCAGGUUCAUGAUCAUAUGUAAUGUCUCUACUCAAAUAUUUAUUAUAUAUUAAACAUGCUUCUAGGACAAACCCCAACGUGAAGCUUUGAUGACUGAUUGAUGUUGAUGAUGCUCGUUUAUAGGUCCGUAUCUACGAUGUUUUGGUAGCAUAUAUAUCUUCUUAUCUUGUAUAAUAUGCACAUUAAUUAGUACGUACAUGUAUGAUUGUGGAGUUGUGUUAAAAAUAAUUAAUGAGCAUGACUAGCUAUGAA